ACGUCACAACUUCGUCCGAAGCCAUCGUCGCAACAACAAUGGAGCGCGUGCACGCCAGCGGAGAGAGCGAAUCUCCACAAGGCGACCUCAAACGCAUUCGCAAAGGCACCAAGAGCUGUGUUGAAUGCCGACAGCGAAAGGUUCGUUGUCUCUGGGCGGAUGAGAGGGACAGGGUUUGCACCCCAUGUCAGCAACGUGGUCGAAAAUGCGUACCGCAGCUGUACACUCGUCGCAACACCACUACGAACAAGGUCAGCUCGAAGGAUCGGAUAGCUCGUCUGGAGUCGCAGUUGGCCCAUAUCGCCGCAACUGUACAAAGCAAAUCGCAUACCUCACCUGGAAGAGCGACCAGUGCCGCGAGUGAAACCACAGGACCUGUGUUCGAUGAUCAUGAUUCCGAAGGGGACGAGCGGUUAAUGCAAGUGGGAUCCCAGCCGCCAGAGCAUCUCCGGAUCCUAUUCGACAAUGCUCUGAUAGGUCCUGAUGAGCGAGGGCCCGACUUUGGGAGCCGCUCUCAAGAACGGCCUCCUUGUUCGACUCGCUACCUUGAUCAGGCGCGGGCAAAACUGCAGGCACUUGUGCCAGCGAGAGAUGAUGUCAUCGCCGUGUCCUCCUACGCCGUGCCAUGGAUGAGCUUGUACUUUGAACUUUUCCCUGCGACUUCCGCGACUCCCAAUCGCGAUGAGCUGGUGAACCAGCACGAACAUAUGCUGAAGCCGAAUGCGGAUCCUGUGAAAAUUGCAUCCUUCUUGCUGUCGUUCGCGAUGACAGCGAGGCAGAUACCAGCUGACGAGCGUACAACUGUCCUGCCGGGCAUCAAAAACAUCGACAGCUACGUCAAGUCGGUAAUGGCCGUUGUAGAAGCUGUAAUAGUCUCGCACACCGGCAUUGCUUCAACAGUGGAGGGGAUGUCUGCCACUAUACUAUACUUACGACUUCAGUUUGGUUUUGGGCAAAGCAGACCGCUAUGGCUCACAUUGCGGCGAAUUGUAGCUCUAGCAGAGCUCAGCGGCUUGCCACGCGCUUGGUACCAAGCACAAAACGACAGCGCUGGACGAGAAAUCGACACUGUUGCACCAUUCUCUGGCACUACCAGCAAAGUAGCACUUUGGGAGACCAUUUGUGCUACCGAUCGCCUCGCUAGUAUGAUGUUCAAUCUACCAGCAGCGACUUCAACUCGCACAUUCCCGCCGAGGCAAGUCAUUGACACUAACGGAAUGGUUCAUGUGCAGCGUUUCAUGUUCCAGCUGGCCGGCAUCUCAAUGCAUGUGACUGAACUGGAUGAAGGCUACAUGUGUGGACAAACAGUCGAGACGUUAUACGACAAGGUUCUUGCUGCGGAUAAGGAGCUCCGAGCAUUGAAGUCACUUACACCUGUGGACUGGUGGCAAGAGUCUGCGCAAUAUCUCUCUGCGUCUCUGAUGGUUCAGUUUUGGCACUGCUAUUUCACUGCCAGGGUACAUCUCCACACAGCAAUGGCACAGGAUGAGUACAAUCAAUAUGCCUACAGCCGUAUGCAAUGUCUCGAAGCUUGUCAUGCUUUAGCUCGACGAUACUCCCAUGUCCGACGUGCACUUCCUUCAGGAUUCUUUCUCUGCAGGAUAGUGGACAUGCAAGUCUUCACUGCUGCGGUUUACCUCCUACUCUCGUCGUUUGACAGCAAUCUGCUGCCCAGGCAUGACGAGGGAUCGCGUCUCCGCAGCGUUGAGCAAAUCGUCAUGACUAUGGAGUUCGUAUCUGGACAAGCAGGCAGCGACUUCGCGCGAGAUGCUGCUGCUGCGCUCAAGGGAUUGAUCGCACAUCUGAGCAAGCCGGCGAACUCGAACGAGCCAGGCUUGACUCUCCGAGUCCCACUGCUUGGAAGCAUACAUGUCGGGCGUCGAUCAGAGGGUCCAUCGAUGCAAAAUGCAGAGAACAAUCCACAGCCGUCGGCAAUUCCCACCUCUGGCACGAAUGGAAUUCCAAGCAGCAGUCAGCAAAUCACAGAUCCAUUCUACGCUGCCACUUCCUAUCAACCUUGGAUGCAACUUGAUGUUGGAGACGCUUUUCAGGAUCCGUUCUUUGCCGACGAUACUUUGCUUGAUCAAUGGGCGAAUAUCAACAACACAAUGCCGAUGCUGAAUGACAUUGAGAUGUACGGCCAGGGAAUCAGGCACAUCUAA